GAAAGUAGUUUUGUAUGGUUCAGUAAUUCAUGAAUGCCAUUUUAUGGCUGAAGUAGUGAUGUAUAAGGCUGUUUUACUGUGGGUUUUAAUUUUAGAUAUUUGGGUAUUUGUCAAAGCAGCGUAUGAUGUAUCUAACACGUAUACGACAUGGACUGAAGCUGCUAAUCAGUGUGAAUUGCUCGCAGAACCCGUGCAAUAUACGGCCAGUGGUAAUGCAUUUAAUCUCGAGAGCAAUCCGGUCUUUGGCGAGGAAGGUGCUUGGGUUGGCUAUUAUAUGACAUGGACUGCCUUCGAAUAUAUUGGUUGUGUCAGUAGAACCGCCUUAUCCAAAAACAGGACACUUGAAACAGUUGAUGAUCCUGGACAAUGCUACUCGGCAUGCAACUUCUCGGAAUACUUUGGUCUGUUCUUCAAUGAGUGCUUUUGUCUAGAUUAUCAGAUUGUGGAAUCUGUGAAAGACAAAAGAAAGCUUUGUUUCCAAUGCAGUUCUAAAUAUUUCGGCAGCCAAGGCCCUGCUUGCGGUUCUGAAACUUACGACAACAUGGCUUUAUACAAAGUAAACGAUGCUGUGCUGAGGGAUUCGAGCAUUAUGGAGCGAGGGUCGCAAAAGAGAGAUGAACUGUGCCUCGAGUACAGUCCUGGAACCGGGUCAUUUAUUUGGGGGGCAUGCAACCGGGCUUUGCAAGUCAUGUGCCAGACUGAUGAGGGAGUAGAGAUACUCAAGGAAGGUGGUGCUACCUGGAUAACUGCUAUGAUAAUGUGUAUGAACAAUGGAAGUGACCCUACAACCUUUGUGAGUUCAAGCUCGGUGACAUCAGCUAAAAAUUUGAACAUUUGGACAGGUGUUGUACGGGCCCGCGUGAUUCACAAUCAUAUUCUAGAACCAAUUGAUACAAGAAAUGGCAAGAAAUGGUUCGGUUAUAUAACAAAGCAGGGACGCUACUGGCUAAAUUUUACAGAGGAACUAGUCCAGAAGCCGUUUAUUUGCGACAGAGCAGUGUAUGAUGUAUCUAAUACUUAUGCGACAUGGACUGAAGCUGCUAAUCAGUGUAAAUUGCUCGCAGAACCCGUGCAAUAUACGGCCAGUGGUAAUGCAUUAAAUCUCGAGAGCAAUCCGGUCUUUGGUGAGGAAGGUGCUUGGGUUGGCUAUUAUAUGGCAUGGACUGCCUUCGAAUAUAUUGGGUGUGUCAGUAGAUCCGCCUUAUCCGAAGAUAGGACACUUGAAACAGUUGAUAAUCCCGGACAAUGUUACUCGGCAUGCAAUUUCUCGGAAUACUUUGGACUUGUCUCGAACGAGUGCUUUUGUCUAGAUUAUCAGAGUGUGGAGUCUAUCAAAGACAAAAGAAGAUUCUGCUUACAAUGCAGUUCUAAAUUUUUCGGCAGCCAAGGUCCUGCUUGUGGUUCUGUAACUUACGACAACAUGGCUUUAUACAAAGUAAACGAUGCAGUGUUGAGGGAUUCGAGCAUAAGCGAGCGAGGGUCGCAAGAGAGAGAUGAACUGUGCCUCGAGUACAGUCCUGGAACUGGGUCAUUUAUUUGGGCAACAUGCAACCGGGCACUGCAGGUCAUGUGCCAAACUGAUGAAGGAGUAGAGACACUCAAUGAAGGUGGCGCCUUUGCUACCUGGAUAUCUGCUAUGAUAAAGUGCAUGAGGAACGGAAGUGAUCCUACAACAUUUGUUAGUUCCAGCUCGGUGACAUCAACUUCAAAUGCAGGCCUGUGGACAGGUGUUGUGCGGGUCCGCGUGAUUCACAGUCACAUUCUGGACCCAAUUGAUACUAGAACUGGCAAGAAAUGGUUCGGUUACAUAACAAAGCAAGGACGCUACUCGCUAAAUUUUACAGAGGAACUAGUCCAGAAGCAGUUUAUUUGCGACAGAGUGAAAUAUGAAACCUCAUCAUUGGCAACGCAGACUGGCAGUAGCACAACAUAUGCAUCAACAACAACUGGUUCAGAUAACUCGAACGGUGAGAGUAGCACAACAUACUCAACAGCAACAACUGGUUCAGAUAACUCACAGAAAGAGAGUAGCACAACAUAUGUUACAACAACACCUUCAGAUAACUCGGACAAAGUUCCGGAAACAGAGGGACUAACAGUUCCUGUGUAUGUGGUUGUAAUUGUGGUUGUAGCACUCCUUGCACUGUUAGCCGCCAUUGUCUUCAUUCUGAUAUGGAAAUCGCGGAAUGCGAAAAGGAAAAGUCAAAACACUGAAAUGACUCCUGAACAAAAUGGCUACAUUCAACCUGUCAGUCAACAUUACACCGAGGUCAAUCCCCAGUACGAGCAUUUGAAACAGGUUUCUCCACAACCAGCAUAUUCACAUCUUACACCAACAAUCACAGGCAUGGAGCAAACAAGAAGAACAAACUUCCCAUUGCAAGUCCAAGGCAGGGUUCAAAAUAGACAUACAGAUUAUCUUAACCCCGUGUGUGAUGGUAAUGAAGACGAAGUUUACACUACAAUACCAGAUACUGCCAUAGGUGACAAGGAACAACAUGCAGUGGAUAGCGAUUAUGAAAAGCCAAACAGCAGUGUCACACAAGUGAAGAGAUUGUAUUAAUACUUAACUGAAAAAAAAAAUAUGUAUUGUAUUUUAGCAAGAGCCAGGAAUAUCAUCAGUAUUUCUUUUUUCUUUUGCUUUUAAUAUAAUUUUGUUUGUCUGAAAUAUUCUGUGACAGAAAAUUGCAAUAGAAGUCGCAAACUAAAAAAAAAAAACAUUGUUUGAUAAAUAUGUUCUUACUACACAACGAUCUAAAGGAUUGCUACAAUUGUUUUUUUACAGUGGUUUUGAUAUCAAAAGAUCUAUUUCACUAACAGUAACAAAUCACAGACAGUGUUUUUCCAAUGCUUUGCCUUGUAGAAUUCCAGCCAAAAAGGAAAAACUUUUUAAUAAUCUUUUUUUCUUCUCUG